AUGCCUCGCCAACCCCGCUCGAGUGCCCACAAGGCCAUCAAGUACACCGACGUGCCGCUCAGCAGCGCAGACGAGGCCGAGGACGCCGAGCUGUCGGACGCGAGCGAGUCGGCGAGCGGCGCGUCGUCGUCGCGCAAGGGCGGCGUGCACGAGAUGGAGGAGGACGAGGACAGUGCUUGGGAUCAAGGCGACGACGCGGACGAGGAGCCCGUUCGCAAGAAGGCCCGCACGUCGACCAGCUCCAGCUCGGCCAAGGUCAAGGUCCCGACCAAGGGCAAGGGCAAGGGCCGGGCGGGCAAGCUGUCGGCGUUCCUCGCCAUGCCGCUCGACAUCCUCGUCGAGAUCUCGCGCCACCUCGACCCGCUGUCGCUCCUGUACAUGUCGCGCGCCAACAAGAUGGUGCGCGGCGUGUUUGCGCGCCGCUCGGCCGCCCCGAUCUGGGCCGCGGCGCGCGCCAACGUCGACCUGCCGGCGCUCGAGGCGACCGACCUGAGCGAGAUGCAGCUCGCGAGCCUCGUCUUUGAGCGCAACUGCCACCUGUGCGGCCGUGGCAGGGCGUCUAUCGUCGACUAUGCGCUCAGGGUCCGCUGGUGCAAGACUUGCCAGCGCGCCAACCUCGACAACCUGUCGCGCCUGCGCAAGAAGGUCGACGACAUGCACCCCAAGACGCUCCAGUGCUCGUUCUUCACCAACCGCUCAGCGACCGGCCGUGGGUGGGGCAAGAACUCGUACUACUGCACGCCGCACGUCGAGCGCCUGAGCGCCAAGCUGCACGAGCUCGACAAGCAGACGCCCAAGGGCUCGGUCAAGGAGAGCAAGAAGCGCAAGGCGCAGGUCAAGGUCGAGGACGGCAACGAGGUCAAGGCCGACGAGGUCGCCGUCAACGAGCUCGCCGCGUUCGUCAAGCAGCGCCGCGACAACGUCGAAGCCGCCAUCAAGGACGACUUGGCCCUCGUCAAGUGGGAGCGCUCGUCGCUGUCGUCGCGCAGGGAGACGAACGACGCCGCCCGCGAGCUUCGUCGUGACGCUAUCACGGCGAGGCUCCUGAGCCUGGGCUACGUCGAGGCCGACUGCCGCAGCCUCAUCUGGUCGAGCGUCUCGAAGCUGGUCGACCAGCCGACGCCGCUUACCGAGACGAUCUGGAACCGCAUCUCGCCCAAGAUCAUCGAGGCCAUGGAGAGCGAGAAGGCGAGCCGCCUCUACCGCGAGCGCCUGCAGCAGCUCGGUGGCCGCCUCGCCGCUCUCAAGCCGCGCUACGAGGCUCUCCUCGCCCUCCAGGUCGGCGAGGCGCAGACGACCUUCCCUUCGUGGAGCAUCUUUCACACCUUGCCGAGUGUCGAGCCGUUCUGGUUCUUCGAGGACGCCGACUCGUCGGACGAGGCGUGGGACACGACGCUGCCCGCCAUCGUCGACGAGGUCGACCUCGCCCGUCGCGUCAUUAAGGUCGGCUACGCGCGCAAGCUCGUCGAGGUGUUCGUCGACGCCGGCGCGCCCGUUGACGCCGUCCUCGUCAAGAAGCUCGAGGCGCCGGCCGAGCCCGUCCAGUCGACGGGCGUCCUGUUCAGCACGAUCGAGGGCGAGUCCGCCUACUACGCGUAUGGACAGCGCAACAUCAGGGGCGCCGUCGUCGACCUCGGCGACACGGCCGACGCCGUCACGGACGCCGAGUUCGACAGCAUCUUCGGCCAGCUCGUCGCCUCCUUCACGGUCGUCAGCUACACGCGCCCGAUCAGGCGCAGCCACUUCCCCGACGUUCACGGCCUGCUCCGGGACAACGGCGUCUCGGCCGUGCCCGACGCUGCAAAGGUCCUGCCGGCGACGCUCAUCAAGCAGAUGCUCAACGUCCUCAAGCGCGCCGGCCUGCCCAACGACCGGUCGAGUACCGCCAAGCUCGAGGCGCUCGGCCCUGUCUUUGCCUGUCACGGUUGCAGCGAGGCCCUGGCGAGGAGCUCCCUCGUCUUUGCCCGUAUGAACGCGGUACAGGCCCAGGUGCUUGGCUGGAACCAGAUCGUCGACCACGCCGUACACCUGCACACGCACGACUACUCUCACUACGGCCCGCCGCCCGAGAUCCGCCUCACGACGUCGACCUACCCGCCCGACUCGCCCGCCGACGACAGCGACGCGCAGCGCGCUCUCUUCCUCGGCAAAGGCUUCGUCCUCGCCGACGACAGCUCUUAG